GAGCCGCCUCCACGCAUGGGCUGCCCCGCGGCAUCAUGGGAGCUCGCCGCAGGCUGGUACGGUCGGCCGCUUUCCACGCACCUGCACCUGCGCACAACUCCAGGGCGCUCUUUUGGAGGCCUUCUGAGGAGAUCAGGGAUUCACUUUCCGCUACCAGCUCCCUUGCGGAAGGUCAGUGUUCUCCGUGGAAACGCUGCACUUCCCCAAAGUGAGAAACGUGGGACUCCGCUCUGUCCGACCAGAUGGUACAGCCCGGAACGGCAAGUCAGAGCACGAACUUCCCUGAGUGACCUCACUGGCGAUCACUUCCGCUCCGGGGUCUGGAAUACCGGAGGCUCUUUGGGGAGAACACCGAGAAAGGCACUUCCUGUGUCUGUUGCCAAGGCACCGCCCUGGUGGGCCGGAGCGGCGACAUUAUUGGCGUCGUCCUCUCCCCCCUUCCUGGGGGUCGAGAUGUCGGGGCUCAGCCAGCCAGAGAUGGAGGGCUGUCGUAAUCUGCUCGGCCUAGUGGACAACGACGAGAUCAUGGCCCUAUGCGACACCGUCACCAACCGCCUGGUGCAGCCCAAGGACCGCCAAGAUGCCAUUCGUGCAAUAUUAGCCUACAGUCAAAGUGUAGAAGAACUUCUGAAGCGUAAAAAAGUCCACCGAGAAAUCAUAUUUAAGUACUUGGCAACACAGGGGGUGGUUAUACCUCCAGCUACUGAAAAACAUAAUCUCAUUCAGCAUGCAAAAGAUUACUGGAAAAAACAAUCACAACUGAAAUUGAAAGCAACACCAGAGCCAGUUACAAAGAGAGAAGACAUCCGACUCUUUCAAAAACAGGAGAAAGAAGAUAAAAAAGCAGAAAAGGUUGAUUUUCGUCGAUUAGGCAAAGAAUUCUGUCGAUGGUUCUUUGAGCUUCUUAAUUCUCAGAAUCCUCUUCUGGGACCACCUCGAGAUGAAUGGGGACCACAGCACUUCUGGCAUGAUGUCAAGCUUAGGUUUUAUUACAACACGGUGGAACGAAAUGUGGUAGACUACCAUGGAGCAGAAAUGGUGAGCCUUCGUUUGCUGUCACUAGUGAAAGAAGAAUUUCUUUUUCUUAGCCCCAACCUAGAUUCCCAUGGACUGAAGUGUGCUUCUUCUCCCCAUGGGCUAGUUAUGGUUGGAGUUGCCGGGACUGUCCACAGGGGGAACACUUGUUUGGGCAUUUUUGAACAAAUUUUUGGACUCAUCCGCUGCCCCUUUGUGGAAAAUACUUGGAAAAUCAAAUUUAUCAACCUGAGAAUUGUUGGAGAGAGUUCCCUUACUCCUGGAGCAUUACAGAAGCCAACGGUUACAUUUGAGCCAAGUGAUCUAGAGGCCUUUUAUAAUGUAGUCUCUUUAUGUGGUCUCCAACGAGGCACGACCUAAGGGAAAGCAGACAGUGGAUAGUGGGAGUGGAGACCGAGCUUUAUGUGCUAGAAGUGAAGCAUUGCUGAAGAAAAGAGAACUGAAUUUACCGCUAAAGCACUGAGUAUCAUAUGUCAUCAUAAAAAAUCUUCAGAAACCCUUCCAAAUACUAUAUCAGUAAUAUCUAAUUGAUUUCAGAUGUGAGGAUUGACAUAUUUUAGUUGAAAAUACCUCUCUUGACUACGAAUUGAUGUGGGAAUACUUGCCCCUUUCUGCGUGAGUUGCAGCAGAUGUUCUGAGAGCGUAAUGCAGUUCAUCGGAUGAGUCCCACUUUAGAUGUUAUAGCUAAUGGUGUGCCUUAGAAGCCAGGGAGUGCUUUCGUCUUCCUCAGCGAGUAUCCUAAUAUCUCCGGUUUUCCAGUGGGAAAGGGCUGUAGCGUUCAGGGCUUCACCUCUUAGGUUUCUCAUUUACUGUUAUCUAAAUCUAGAUAAUCAGAUACUUUACAAAUGCAUCUCACUACAGUGUUGUUAAAAAGGUUAAAUAUUUUAGAGAAGUUUAAUGUAAACUCAAAAUUCUCAUUUUAGGAAACUUGGAUGACAUGACGUUCUUAAUGCAAAAAACCCAAUAAUUUAGCAGGUGGAGAAAAAUUUACCUGUUGAAGUAUGUGAGAAACAUUUUUCAAAGUUACCUGCUGUAGUUCAAGCUAAAUAUCUUUUAUAAUCUAUAAUAUUUCUGAACUGUUUUGGACAAUGAUAAAUGCUGUUCCCAAAACAAACCUUAUUCUUACCUAGGCCCCAAUUAACAGUUUUAUAGAGCAUUUAUAUUACUGCCUUGUACGAAAAAACAUACUGUUGAAAUUUUUAAAAAGGUGUGUCUGGUUCCUAGCUUUUAAAUACACUGUUCUUCUUGGUUAAACUUGGAAGAGGUAACAAAAAAACCUACAAAUUUAUAACGUGUGCAUACAUAUAUGCAUAUGUUAUACAUCUGUGUCAUAAACUAGAAUUAUUAGGAGCUUUUCACUUCUCAUUUGUGUUACUGUAUUUGAGUUAUAAGGCUGAGUUGCCAGAUUAAUUUCAUAAUUGCUUUAAAGUUCAAAAUCCUUGUCACCCAGCAACUGGCUUUAGUUGCUAAUUGUAAUUUACAGAAGUACCAUUUGGAAAAAAAAAAUUCAACUGGAAAAUUGUGAUAAUGUACAUGUUAAAUUUUACAUUUAACUCUGCUCGUGAUCAUCUAAGGAGAUUGACAUAUGAACGUUUGACACAGGAGGAGAAAACUUAUCUUUUUUUUUUUUUUAAUUCCAUGCCUCUUGUGAGGAGUGCAAGUUGAUAUGUCCUAAAGUAAGAACUUAAUAAAGGAGGGAAAUGCCAUUUUCCUGCUCUAAGAAUAGUGUAUUGUUUAGUUUUAAUUUACAGUUGUCUUACGCUUAGAUAAUAAAGUUUUAGGCAGUUAACCAAAAUAAAGCUAAUUUCACUACUGCUUGUUACACUGUCAGUGUGAUAUAAUUAAGUGUAGAGAAAACAGCAGUUCACAAAAUAAUUACCUCUUUGUACACAUUCAGGUGACAAGUCUGUCUUUGACCCAUCCUGUAGCUCUCCUCAGACUGAAAGAAUGAGUAACUAAAGCCAGAUUGUUUCUCUUCCUUAAGCUUGAAGUAUCCAUCAUAAAGUACAAUAGGUAAAUAUCCUGAGUAAAGGAUAAAAUCGAAAACCAUUCUCGCUGUUUUCUUCUUGCUAUUAAUGUCAGUUACUCCAUAUCCAGUUCAUGGGCAGGGAUUACUUCUAGUUAUCUUCAUUAUUGAUUUUUUGAAUUUGUAUAAAUAAGGCCCAAAUAAGACUGUAAUCUGCAUGUAGUUUUAGUCACCCUUAAAAAUUUGAAAACUUCCUGAUAGACCCAGUGUAAAGGAUUGGGAGUGUUAUAUUUCGUGUGAAUCCUCGUAGCAGGAUGUACAUCAGGGCUUAAUGUUUGAGCGAAUAUGUGAAUGAAUGAGUAGAAGCUUACAUAUAGUGAAAAAGACUUUUCUGCCUGUAGAUCUUGUCUUUGGUUUUUCCCCAUCAGUGGUGGAGUUUGGUCACAUAAUUUGUUUGAAUUUAUUAAGUGAAUUUUAAACCCUAAAACAACUUAGAUUUGGGAGGAGAGCUACACUAUACUUAAAAGCCUACGAUCAGAUCAUGUUAUAUUUGAGGGCCCAAAGACUACCUAGGAGACCUUGUGGCGCGAUGAUGAAGCAUUCAGCUGCUAACUGAAAGGUUGGCAGUUUGAACCUAUCAGCAGCUCUGUGGGAGAAAAGACCUGGUGAUGUGCUCCUGUAAAGAUUACAGUCUGCUCUGUCAUACAGGGUUGCUAUGAGUUGGAAUUGAUUUGAUGGCACACAAGAACAAAGACUUACAUAGAAAACACUAUAGAAUAUGAAUAUGGGAUAUGAAAAGACCAUACUCUGAGGAAGAAGACCUGAAAGAAUUGAAAUUCAUUCACGAACGUUGAAGCUUGACUGGGCCUUUGAGAAGGGCCAAAGGCACACUUAGCACAGUGCAAGAAUUGAGCUCUUUUACCAGCUUUUUAGUCUGUGUUAAGCAAUGGCAGGGAUUCAACUUUAGGUCUCUCUUUUGCUCUGUUAUAUCCAGCUAGUAUUUGCGAAGUCUGUGGAGUGCAGUGGUAAAGAAUACAGUACUCUACAUUUGUAGUAAUGGGAGCACCUGGGCUUUAUUUCUUGUAGGCUAAUUUCUAUAUCCUAAAGAAGGGUAUACAUCAUUAAGUAUCCUUUUUCGUUAAGAAAAAAAGAUCUUAAAUAGUUAAAUUAGAGUAUUUUAUUAGCAUCUAGAAUGCUGAAAAAAUCUUUGGUUUCCUGUGUCUUAUUAAAUAUGAAACUGUAGUGAAAAAGCUACCCUUAAUUUAUUAAGUCAACUUGCAAAAGGCAAACACAGAUAGGGCAGGAAAAUGUUUCUGGAUUUUCAGAAAGGUAACAUUUUUUUAUGCUCAAGGAAAGCUAAUUGCCUAGAAAGUAAUUGUAAGAGACCGUAAUAACACUAGAAAGGGAUUUAAAGAAUGGGGAUUUAAAAAAGAUUAAAAGCGAUAAUCAGAAACAUUUUACUUUGACAAAAUGACUCUAUGACUAAGAUCACAAAAAUGGAUGAAACCAUACCUUAACAUCUUCAUUACCAUCUCCAUUUUCAUGAAUUUAGGUACCCUUUCGUGCACUGGUUCUUAAUUUGGAUUUGGUGUUGAGGGGAGGCAUCGACCUUUUGGCAAAUUGAUGAAAGCUAUAAUCCUUCUCCCCGGGAAGAAAAUACAUUUUGCAUAUAGCGUUAUAAUUUUUGCAUACUUCAUCAAGUCCAUGAACCUCCCUAAAGCACACGAGUCCCGUAGAGAUCCUUAUACUCCAUGUUAAAAAGUACUGCCAUAGUAGUUAACGUUUUCCGCAGACGACUACUCUCCUGUAUUAAAAAAAAUUGCAUAUGUAUGUAUAUAUACAAACACACACAUACACACACACAUGCAUAUAUAUAUAUACUUGGAAAAAUUGAUGGCAUUGUCAGAGUUCCUAAGCUAGGGGACUAAGGGUUUCUUACAAAUGAAAGGCUGGUCUCUUUAGAAAAUGUCAUUAGUUUAUGAUAAUUGUUACUUGUGAAUUUUGUUUUUUAAGAGAUGUUAGAUAUGAAGGCAAAACCUACAGCAAUAGUGCCAUGGAAUGCGGACAUUAAUUUAGAGUUUUGUUUUGACAAGAACAAUGAAUAUGCUUUGGAGAAAGUGACAAAAAUGUGAAAAGAAAAAAAUUUUUAAAUAUUCUCCAGAUCUUU